AUGUCGUCUGUGCAUUCAAUUUCCAGCAUCGAGGAAGGGUCAUCAAAUGGCGAAGAAGUACAAACCAGGAGAUCUCGAUCUCAAUCUCAGCCAGGACUAGAGGCAACAAACAGCCUCCAUUUGGUGCAGAGCCAUGUCUCCCAUCAUGACAUGGCCGUGAAUGAGGAAUUCCACGAGGUCGACGCUGAACAGUACCUGCGCUUCUCACCAACGCGCAAGAUUCUCAUUGUCCUUGUUCUGUCAAUUUGCUCUUUCCUAGCACCCAUCUCGUCCACCUCGAUUUUAUCAGGCGUUCCUGAGGUCGCAAAGACCUACAACACUACCGGCAGCAUUAUCAACGCCAGUAACGCAUUAUAUCUCGCGUUUAUGGGCGUUAGCGCACCAUUCUGGGGGCCUUUCUCACAAGUGUAUGGCCGUCGGCCGAUCUUCCUAGCGAGCUCGUUUCUGUUCUUUGCUUUCAGCAUUGGCACCGCUCUGGCACCCAAUCUGCCGGCCUACUACAUCUUCCGCGUCCUGACUGCGUUCCAGGGGACAUCAUUUCUGGUAGUGGGCAGCUCUGCCAUCGGCGAUAUCUACGAGCCACGAGCUAGAGCCACGGCCCUAGGGUGGUUCCUAUCGGGGACGCUCAUUGGGCCAGCCUUCGGCCCAUUCCUUGGUGGCGUGAUCGUCACCUUCUGCUCGUGGCGUGUAGUCUUCUGGCUCCAAACAGCCCUCGGUGGCUGCGGGUUUCUACUGGUCUUUUUCCUCUUCCCUGAGACAUACCCGCACUUGGAUAAAGGUGAAAUAGCCGACCAGACCACCGCCCAGAAAGCGAAAAUCCUCUUCCACCGCGUCUCACCUCUUCGCGUGGGUAUUCUUCUCUUCUCAUAUCCGAACCUCUUCUUCGCUGGACUGGGCGCCGGCGCACUUGUGUGGAACCAAUACUCUCUUCUCACGCCCAUCCGAUAUGUGCUCAACCCACGAUUCCACCUGACUAGCCCGAUUCAGUCGGGUUUGUUCUACAUUGCACCCGGAUGUGGAUAUCUAGCGGGGACGUUUAUGGGAGGCAGGUGGGCGGACCACAUCGUGAAGAAAUGGAUCAGGAAGCGAGGCGGCAUACGCGUCCCCGAGGAUCGACUUAAGUCGUGUCUUGUCUUCAUCGGCCUGGUAAUCCCCGGUUGCAUUCUGAUCUACGGAUGGACGGUUGAAAAGGCCGUCGGUGGGAUCCCUGUCCCAGUACUUGCCAUGUUCGUUCAAGGUGUUGCUCAGCUGUUCUGUUUCCCCAGUCUCAACACGUAUUGUCUGGAUGUCAUGCAGUCCACGGGCCGUAGCGCCGAGGUCGUUGCUGGCAACUACAUGUUCCGCUACGUCUUUGCCGCGCUCGGUUCAGGCAUCGUCCUGCCGGCCAUCGAGGCUAUUGGUGUCGGCUGGUUUAGUACCAUUAGCGCCCUGUUUCUGAUCUUGUCCGGCGCCUGCGUCUGGAUGAUCACCAUCUUUGGUGAUGAGUGGCGCGAGCGGAUUGACGCCAGGAGAGAGCGCAAGGCAGAGAAACAGGCUGGCGAGGAGCCCGCCCAGCAGGAGACGGAAAAGAAGGUUGAUGUUUGA